AUGCAAUACGAGGUCAUAGACGACCGCCCCUUACGGCGACCUCGCGAGCUCGACUAUGUGAUCCGUCACACCGCUCCUACAGCCAUCCGUUAUGAGGACAACCGCGCGGGCCCGGCCCGCUCCCGAGAGAGGACGUACGGCCCCCGUGAUGACAGAAGCUACAGUCCACCAGUUCGUCGCAGAUCUCGCCGCUAUGAUAGCCGCUAUGAUAUGGGUGAACUGAAACCUAGGUUCACUCAUGGAUAUGGUCACUACGAUAGAUACUCGUCUCCAAGUCCCCCUCCUAUCAUCGAGAGAACCAGAGAACGCAGAGGAUACGGCGGUGAAGAUGAACCUGCUUUACGGAUCGAACGCAGACGAGCUGUACGGCGAGACUCAUACUCUCAACCUCAUGACACUUUGAUGGCCAGAGUCGCCAGCUUCAAGUUCGACAGCUCCCCUGAAGCUCCAGCCGACCUCAGCUUGGAUGCCUCCAGCACCAUCUUGCCAAAAGGGAAGCGAGGUUCUACGAGUCGACCCCACAAGGCCGUCCACGCCGAUAUCCAAGCACUUCCCUUCUUGACAACGCCUCAGCGCAAGGCCAUCUCGCGGCUGCUGUCUGACGUCAAGAAGAACUCGUCAAGGCCCAUUCGAGUUUCCAAAGAUACUACCGUGAGACACAUGGACCCUGGUGUUCGACAACUCGACAUCCCUCCGUCCAAGGACAGCCGUGACAAUCAUAUUACACCGACGCCAGUCACCUGGCUCUGCAUCCCAUACUUCUCCCUCGAACGGUACUCUGGCUUGUCUGCCUCCACGAAUCCAGGUUCGUAUCCCACACAGACUCUCCUGCAGGCGUCCUACGCUCGCAUCGCAUACAAACGCGACAUGCAGCAAGCGGCCCGUCAUAUCAACAGCGGAGACAAGGGUUGGUGCUUUCACAUCCCGCAGCUCUGGUGCUUGGUCAUCGGCGACUCUGUACUCGUGACGUGCGGGCUGAUGGACGAGCUCACGCUGCGCGACAAGGCCAUCUCCGUCCAGGAAGAGAUCCCGCGGCCGCCAAACUCCAAAGGUGUCAAGGGCGCCCGCAUCCUGGUCAAGUAUGGAGGCUCGUUGUCAUGGUCCCUACCUGCUGAGGAAUGCAAGACGUUCCUUGGCUUUGCUGCUCACUUUCACGAACUAUGGCCUGCGGUAAUGGAAUUCUAUCACGACCAGCAAGUGGUAUCUAAGGAUACAUGGCGCGAUAUUUUCAAGCUUCUCCAGCGAGGGCGGAGCAGCAUUACGCUCAGCAUGAAGACCAAGUUUGCGCCGCCGUUCACGCCUUCCUCGCGCCUCCACGACUUGCACCGGGCACCCGCACGUAUUCCGACUUCCAAGGAUACCAAAAGUCCAGAGGAAAGCAGCCACCAGCCUUCGCCACGAGGAAGACGCGAUGAGGCCGCCAAAGAGUUCGACAAGGAAGACAAACCAACAGAGAUACCUUCACGAAACCCCAACGAGAUCUUUCACGUCUUCAGCUGGAUCAAAACCAAAUCCUCGAGCGCAGCUGAUUACCCAAAUCUCGAAAGUAUACAGGGGCGCCUUGAACAGGUGUCCAGCCUUCUCAGCGGUGAUUCCAAUGCUGCCGGAAGCAAGGCCUUCCGAGCUGCUAGCACCUUGGACCGCGCAGCCACUCAUGCCCGUGUCGAAGCCUCAACCCGACAAGCUUCCGAUGUGGGCCCUAGCAGCCGUAGAUUUGGCAGAUAUCGACAGAGUGCAAUCGAGCUGUUCAACACGGCAGACAUUCCCCAAGCUUCGGAAGCAAACCGCCACGGCAGGGAUGCCAGGCGUUCUACGGGCGAUUCGCCUCACCCGAACAUUGGUCUUAUCCUAUCAAAGUUUAAGGAUCUUAUGCCGAACAUGCUGGCCUUUAAGCAAUUGAUGACGCAAGCUACGGACUCUGAUCGUGCCAAGAUACAAGUAUCUGACGACCUGACCCGCGCCUGGCCCCUCAUCGUCAUGAGCCUUAUUCAUAGCUGCACUGACAUGGGUAGUGUAAGCUCAUGGGGUGAACAGCUGAACUUUGCAAUAUCUCUCAUUCAAAGCGGCAUGGCAGAAACUGUUGACAGCCUUUCCUCCUUUCGACUUGCCGAUAAGAUCACCGUCUUACCGAUGGAUCUUGUUUCGUUGAUGAGCAUUCGACUGCUCUCUGAUAUCACUGGAAAACACCCAAGUGCAAGCGAGACGUAUCUGGAGUACCUCCAGGGCUUGGAAGCACAGAUUACGUCAAUGCCAUCCGAUCGAUCGUAUGAGACUCGCAUCAAUCACGUACAGGAGGAACUCACAAUCGCGAAGAAGAUUGUGGAUGCGCAAAAGGUCAUUUACGGGUUCAUCAGCCGAACCUUAAACGCCGGCGAGUGUAGAAACACUAUCAGUCGCACAAGGCCGUUCGAUCACUAUGGUGAAGGCCUCAAUAGAUCGGCGGCACCUCAUGGCAACCCUUUUGCGCCAGGGAACGCGGACGAAAUGGCACUUGAGCUGCCGCUUUCCGAAUUAUCGUCUGUCAGAGACCUUCUUGUUUGGGAGUGCAUCGACGUAUUGGAGCGGAAGAAGAAGGAGUUUCAAGGGUACGGCUUGCACGCGCAGUCACUGGAGCGCCAGAAUGCCAGCAAGGUCAUCGGUACCAAAGACAAGCAGGAAGAGGCCAUCUACAUCUUCACACUCGUGACGAUCAUCUUUCUGCCGCUCAGCGCUGUCUCGAGUAUUUUCGGCAUGAACACCAGCGACGUGCGAGACAUGGAGUCGGGCAUGUGGACGUACUGGGCUGUGGCCAUCCCCGUGACGCUGCUGGUCAUUCUGCUCGGUUUAUGGUGGCUCGGUGAACUGGGAGCGCUCGCUGCGUGGGUGGCAUGCAAGUUGCGAGGACAGCGCGGUCUUUCGGAUGAGAUUCCUCCACCGCCGUACCCAGGGCAUCAGCUCUCGUCGAUGACGGCGCCAGAGGAGUUUCCCGGCCGCACCCGUAACGUCUACCGGGAGCGAUACUACCGUCCGCCUCCACCGGUAAUGGAAAGCGAUGAUGACGGGCGUGAAGGCUGGCGGCGUCCGUAUCCGCAACGCGAGGAUGACAGGCUUCAAGAGGAGAGAUAUGCCGUGGGGAUUCGACUCGACCGAGAGAGGCGACGCGCCGAGGAAAGGCAGCUGUUAGAGGAAAAGAGACUACUGGACAAACUGGAGGUGGAGGAGGAGGCGAAGGCGAAGAUGCAGGCUGAGCUGGACAUGUUGCGACGAGAAAUGAGAAAGCAAGAAGAAGAGGCGGCAAAGAGGGCCGCAGAGGAAAGGAUGCAGCGCCACCGAAAUGAGGAGAGGGAGAGGCAUCUCGCAGAGGAGAGGGAGAGGCGUCUCGCAGAGCAGAAGGCGAGACGCGCGGCGGAGGAGAAGGCAAAGCGAGCGGCGGAGGAGAAGCAACCGGCCAGCGAGCGCGAGAGAAGGGACAAUUCCGAUGAAGGGACCCAGCAGACGUCCGCCGCAUCGCGACCAGACGGUGGAGGAGAACGACUGAUCUCGACCGGAAAUUGA